AUGAAAUAACGGCGUGUGAAUGACUUCUUUCAUUGAGAAAAAAUAACCCCCAUCCUCAAACAAUGAUGGGAGGAUGGAGGUAGAAGGAGAGAAGAGGGGGAGAGAUCUUAAAGCAACAAACCAUCAUGAGGCUCGUUCCGAGUGCAUUCUACUGGUCGCGUGCAGUCGCCAGCUUCGCAUUCGACAACAGCUGGAUGUUUAUGGCUAAUGGAGCAGCAAUUUGCUGGCAGGGAAAGUCAACAGCUUGUAAAUCUGAGUCGUAUUUUUUUAUGACUUCACCAAAAUGAUGAUGAUGAUAUGAGGGAGGUCGGCUUGCUCUGAGAAAAAAAAACUACCCAAACCAACCCAUUGGCACACACGCAUAAAUACGUGCGUACAAAUACAGAUACCCGCCAACAACAUAAAGGCAUGUUUAGACUUAAAGCUCGAUGAAGGAAGGCCACCCGAGAAAAAAACAUUACACAGAUGGGCUAAAUGCCUCGUUAAUGACCGUGAUGUCAUUAUAUCACAUCUAUAGACAUGCGCAGCGAGGGGCGAGUUGAGUCUGGUAAAACUAAACAGCACAAGAGUAUGCUCGUGCGUGUUUAUGUGUGUGUGCGCGGCAAAACAAACAUGUAUAUGCACAGGUGUGUUCGUGUGUGUGAAGGUAGUUUGUAUGUGUUUAAUUUUUGUGCGUUUGUGUAUUUUAAAUGCGUGUAUGCUAGUGUUAUAGGCGGGUUUUUGUGUACGUGCUCGCACGUGUCCUACGGGAUUUUUUUCCCCUCAAGACACGGACGCGCACACUUAACAGUUGUUCUUGAUAUUUUUUUUUUUAAUCAUUUCCACCGUCAUCAUCAUUACCACCUGGAGGCUAACACGAUUUAUCACAACUCCCCCUCCCCCAACACACAAAUAUUUUAGCUUCCUCCUCAUUUAUCCUUCCGAGGUUGCAGACUUGAAGUGGGCGUGUGGAUGAAGAGACCCCCGCCCUGUCCCCCCCCCACACACACACUGUAACCACCCCACCCACUACGUGCGCCCCAGCAUGCACACGUCUGCUGCAUGGCUUCACGCGUAACGCCCAGUUGCAGGAUGCGCGUGCCGCUGCUGACUCCGGCGCGCCAAUGGCCGACAGUCUCACCUGCCGCGCGCGAGUCUUCAAUUAUCAUGCACUGGAAAACGGUUCGUCUAGCCAGCAGACAAGACGACGACUGGCGAUGUCCGUUUGGUAUUCAUGUUCGUCGCCGUCGAUAAUACUUUUUGGAAAUCCUGGAACUUAUUGAGUCGUGGCGGAUGAGUCUCAGUCCUGGAGUAAGAACUGAAAAUCAUGAGUGUGCUACAUUGUACUCCGGUGACAAGACGAUCGACAGUGGUUUGAGGCUGAUGAAUGAGACCAAGUAUUAACGAAUAAGCCAAUUUUUAUCAACAAAUAUCGAAGAGAUGCAGCUUUUCUUACAGAUUUCAAUUUCAGCGCUGUACUUUGUAGUCUUAGGGGCAAAGUAGUACUUUUUUUUUUUGGCUCUUCCUGUCCCAGAUAUUAGAGAGGACGAGAAGAAAUAAAUCAUUGAUUCCUGGCAAGAAUAUAAACUUUUUUUCUCUUUCCUUUUAAAAAAGAGCUUACAGAGUUUCAAUUAAAGGCGAAUUCUUGAAAAUGUUUUAACACAUUUACCUUUGUGUCACGUGUUCAGAGUUGAUGCCAUAUUGCGCGUUCAUCACAUCACGGAUUGCACAAGACUGCUGUCGCACAGGCUCUCACUUCACCGAGGAGGGGCCCACGAUAUAAAAGCCAUAAGGGAGUGGUGGCCACGGCCACGUGACGGUCAAUGGGAGUGAUGACGUAGCAGCCACAGGGAGCAGUGGUACGUUGGUACGUUGCUACGACGUAACGUUCUCAGGAAGCAGUGGUUUGCUCCACGUAACAACUACAGGGAGAGAGGCGAGGGUUGUUUUUUUUUCCACUUGUGAGGAUGGCGAAAAUGCGUGCACCGACAGAGACUAGACCGAGGAGGAAGAUGAGCGUGAAACGGGUGAAGCCCGAAUGACCCCCACCCUAUCCCCUCCCGUUUCUGCGGAUUUCUUCAAGACCGUAGGUGAAAAAAACAGCGAGGUGGUUUGUUAACUGAUUUCAAGAAAGGCCGAUUCCACCCUCACCCCCUUUUUUUAAACCUCUCUCUCCAGCCGCCUGCUCUUGCAUGUCUACAGGGUCUACGUCUACGAAACCAUGGCAGCUGCGUAACAAGGACCAAGGUGGUUGCGAAGGUUGCCGCUGGUAGACAUUGUGACGUCACUGGCGACCUGACGUCAUGAGCUGGCUGUCCGUGGCGCGUGCCGUCGUGGUGCGCCUGAUGUUCGCGGUGCACGGGCUGGUGUCAAUAUGGCGCCUGGCAGUGGUGACGCACGAAAUUCGCUUCUGGUACCUGGCCACCGUCCUGGGCGUCCUCCUGCUGGAGAUGACAGUCACCCUCGGCAAGAAGGGAGGCAAGGAGUGGAAAUGGUUUUGUCCGAGUGUGUUCAUCUACCUGAUGUGCGUGGUGCCGGCCAUCUGGUUUCUAGAGCUGCACGAGAUGGAGAAACGCAUCCGGGAACUGUACCGCGCCAACGUGUCCACCAUCACCCACGACCUGCUGAUGGCCGACAACGAGACAGGCGAGGAGCUGAGCGCCAGUCUGGGUACAAUACUCGGGGUAUGUCAACUGGAGAUCCGAAUUCCCCUUCAGCUAACGUCCGACCAGUGGAUUCGAACCCUGGAGCAGCUUCUGCUGCUGCUUCUCAUUCUGGGUCGCUGGCUGCUACCCAAGGGCAAGCUGACCCACGACCAGUUGUCUCAACUUCUCCUCGUCUACAUCGGCACCGCAGCAGACAUCGUCGAGUUUUUUGACGCCUUCAAAGAGAAAAGAGGUAGAGUUCGUUACAAUCGCAUUCUCUGCAUCGUCAUACUUGGCAUAUGGUCCUUCAGCCUCAUUCAGUUCUCGCUCGUUCUCACGGCGACGAGAGCGCGGCGAGACCAGUCAGGCCUGGUGCCGACCCGCAAAAGAUACAAGGCUUCUGGAGAGACGGUGGGUUGCUGCUCCGCUGAUGUGUACGGCAUCAUCAUCUCCAUCAUGCUGCAGGACCUGCCGUUUCUAGUGCUGAGAAUGCUUCUGAUUUUCAAGUACAAAGUGCUCAGCUACACAAACAUGUUCUUCACCUCCAAGAACACCAUCGUCAUCAUCCUUCUCAUCUAUCGUCUGAUCGUCGUUCAGAUCGAAAAGAGGAAAGAGAUGAACGAGAACUUGGACUCCAACCUGCUGAAGGAGCGAGGGCGACGCUUGGCUGAGUCCGUGUCGCUCACCCCGAGCUCGUGCAGCGGCAAAAGCCGCCUCAUCAAAAGCGAGAGUGACUUCAGCAACGGCAUCUACGACCCCUUCCGCUGCCCCACCCCCGUGCACAGGCAGAGUACGGGGAGCCUGGGAACCAUCGGUCACAACCUCAGUCCUUUCGUCGGCGGAGGAAGCGGGACCGUGGGCAGGAGCGGGGCAGACCACCGAUGGAGUCGAACCUGCACGAUGGAGAACCUCACGUUCUCCGGUGUGAUCCCCGCGCUCACCACUCCAUGGAUUUCAAUGUGCGGUCGUGGUCGAGGGGAGGACAGAGCUGGAGAGUGUGUAUGGAUGUGGAUGUGUUUUGAAAGAACAGACCCGUUAGAAGUGUGAUGUAGCAGAAGAAAUGGUUUGUUUAAUAAAGUAGCGAGAAACAAAAUCAAAAUGCAACUUUUCUUUCUUCCUACCACAGAACCAGAGACCUGACAUGAUAUCACAACCACAUAUUAUCCAGGACAGCUCAAUGGAUUAUAUUGUGUCUUACAUUUCACAUAUUCGGAUGUAACGCGUAUGUGUUUUGAGUAAAUUCUCGGAAUAAUUAUUCGAGAAACUGUUGCCAGAACUGUUUGUCAAGUGGGUCAAUAUGAAGGAAAUGAUCAGAUGGAGAAGGACAGUUUUUCUUGCAGUGCCUGGAUGGUCACAAGUUCCAGAAGGCAUUGAAAAAAAUUCUUUGUCAAAAAAGUCAACCUGCCUAGCCGAUGCCUUACUCGAGAUAUGAUUUCCACGAGGUCGCACAGUUUAACAAACUGAAAAUCAACACAUUUCCAUGGAUAUUUACUUCAUAGUUUCUCUGUAAUCAUUAUUUUUGGAGUAAGAAACGUUUUAAGUCGAGCAAAUCUGUCUUUGCUUUUACAGUGUGUUAUGUCACCUCUACCCUGUCUUAGCAAUCUUUCUCUCUUCAUUUGUGAGGACAUCAUAUUAUUAAUUACUCCUCCUUUCUAUUUGAAAUACAAAUUUAAAUUACUUUUCGAAACUUACUGUAAACAAAUAUGUAAACAAAGGGAAGGAUUGCCUUCAGUGGAAAUAACACUUGAUGCUUUUCAAUCCUACACAGAUGAACUCAUCUUGCCUGGAUUUUUCCAUGUUUUCUCAAACCACUGGACACUUGUCUCCUCCAUUCAGGGAAUUCUUCACACGUUUCCUGGUCGCCUUUCGACUUUCUUGAUAUGUGUUCAUGUGCUGUAUGGUGCUUCUCUUGUAUCUCACCUUGUGCAGCUUCUAGAAUACCGAGAUGCAAUGAUUUGGGGACAUCAGACAUUUUUAAAUCCCUACCAUAAUAGUUUAUUAUAGAUAUUUUUCUUUAGGACACAUUGAAUACCAGAAAAAACACCAGAAUAAAUGUUUAUUUUAAAAAAAUGA